CCAUCACAGCGGGCGGGACUCAGCCUCAGAUAGGCGGCGAGAGGGCGGAGCUUGGACUGAACCGCGCCUAGCUGCGGAGGGCUUGUGUGUAGGCGGGCGUACCCGGGGCUGACUGCAGCAGUGGCUGAGGGUCCUUGGACGGCCUCUCUGCUAGCGAUGGCUCCUGGAGGACUAGCCACGUCGGCCGCCCAUUCAGCUGCUCCUCCACUCCUAGUGUCGCUUGCCUGGACUGGCAACCUUGGAGAGCAAGACUUUCCUGAUGCCUUGGCAAGCCACAACGCAGAAAACACUGCACCACCUGAUGGUGAAGGGCACCCUGAAUAUAUUGCUUAUUUCCUUAUUCCCAUCUUUUUCGUCAUGGGGCUCUUGGGCAUUCUCAUCUGCCAUAUAUUAAAGAAAAAAGGGUAUCGCUGUACAACAGAAGCUGAGCAAGAGGAGGAGAAGCUUGGUGAGAAGAUAGACUUGAAUGAAACUACUAAUGAUAAUGGUGACACUGUUGGGAAAAUCGUUGACUACAUUAUGAAAAAUGAAGCUAAUGCGGAUGUGCUGAAGGCCAUGGUGGCAGAUAAUUCUGUGUAUGAUCCAGAAAGCCCUACUACUCCUGGCAGUCCAACUAGUCCAGCUUCUCCUUUGUCACCUGGAGGGACACAGUCAAAGCAUAACUGCCGAGGCCAUCACUUGCAUACAGUUGGUGGAGUUGCUGGGACAGGUGGCUGUAGCCGUUGCAAUCAGAAAAGAUGGCAUUUGUUCAGUCCAGCUAAGAAAGCCAAAGAAGCGAGAAGAGCCCGACAUGGAGAAGUCACAGUGCUGUCUGUGGGAAGAUUUAGAGUCACAAAGGUGGAGCACAAAUCUGCUUCAAAGGAACGUAAAAACUUGGUAUCUGUCAGUAGCAUGGAAGGUGCCCAUGGUGAAAUGCCAGCUACUCCUGUCAAAGAAAUAUCUAAAGAGAUGCCAGUUACACCUGUUGUCAAACAGGGUUCAAAAGAACUGCAAGACACUCUGGCCACGAAAGAAGCCCGUGAGAGAUCUGGUACAGAAUGACAGCUGGAUAUAGAAUGUUGUGGAGACCCAAUGUAAGAUGGAAGCUUUUUGAGAGAGAACACACAGAGUAACAUCUGGAAAAAUUCAAAAUUGGGACACAGAUCUUUAAAUCUUUCCUAAAAGAGGUAUUUGUAAAUGUGUUGCCUGUGUAUAGUUUCUGUGACUGAAUCCAUGCAGGCUUUGGCCGGGAUACCCAGCUUUUUAAAAUCACUGAACAUUUAAUGACAUUUUAGUAAUUUGAAGGAUACUGGGACAUAUGGUCGGCAGUUUUAUAUUUAAAAUACAUGUGUUCACUUUGAAUGGAACAAAACUUAAUUAAAUCCUACUUGGAAUGGGCAAAGCAAAAUGCAGUUCUCGAAAAUGUGUCUGCUGCUGUAUUGCAGUGGAGAUGAGUGUCACUGCAUUAGGUUUUCAGUGGAAUAAAGUGUGGUAAUUUCUGAGGACAGGAUUAAGCUGUUGGGAGGAGACCAAAGUUGUGAGCCAUAUUUUAAACUUAACUUAUUGCUCAAUACCAAUGACUAAGUUAAGCACUGCUUAAUUAUAUCUUCUUUGUAUAUUUAACAUAACGUUGUGCUUUAAGCAAUCUCUCACAAGCAAUACUGUUUGUCUCUUGAAAACAUUACGUGUCUUAUAUACUGCAUUAAAUCUGAAAAGAACGUCAAAGCA